AUGGUGAGAGGAAAGAUAGAGAUGAAGAAAAUAGAAAACGCUACGAGUAGGCAAGUGACUUUCUCAAAAAGAAGAAAUGGUUUGUUAAAGAAAGCUUAUGAGCUCUCAGUACUCUGCGAUGCUCAAGUUUCUCUCAUAGUAUUCUCUCAGAGAGGAAGGCUUUACGAAUUUUCCAACACUGACACGUGGAAGACGAUCGAACGUUACCGCAAGUACACAAAAGAUCAUGAAACCAGCAACCAUGACUCAGAAAUCUACGUCCAGCGAUUGGAGGAAGAAGCUAGCCACAUGAUCACAAAGAUUGAACUCCUUGAAUUUCAAAAGAGGAAGCUACUUGGUCAAGAACUUGCUUCUAGUUCUCUAGAAGAGCUCCAAGAAAUUGAUAGUCAACUCCAAAGAAGUUUGGCCAAGGUCCGAGCAAGAAAGGCGCAAUUGUUCAGGGAGCAGUUGGAGAUGUUAAAAGCAAAGGAGAAACAAUUGUUAGAAGAGAACGUCCGGUUACAUCAAAAGACUGUUAUAGAUCCAUGGAGAGAGUCGAUUGAUCAGCAAGAGAAAUUCAGAGUCAUAGAUCUGAAUUUGGAAGUAGAAACUGAUGUAGCCAUCGGCUUGCCAGAGAAACACUGCAACUAA